CCUUCGCGAACUUAAGGGCAGACCAUCUGGGGAAGUCUCCCGCCUCGCGCCAUGACCUUUAGGAGCCUGGUCUUUGCAUCGCUGCUUUAUCCGACGCUGGCUGCGCUGGGGGAGGAGUGCCAAAGAUAUUUGAACGUGAAGGGCUUGAACUCCCCCAGCGACCUCGCAGAGCAACUGGCGACGGCCGAGGCCGGGCAGCCCACGCCUUGCCUGGAGAACGUCACGGCUCAGAACUUCUAUGCGCCCAACCCCAAGCCCUCCAUCCAAGGCGCGACGGACACGACCAACCUGAACUGUCGCUAUGGCAACCCGCAGAUGUGGCAGAGCUGUGGGGUCUGCUGCGGCCUGCGGCCCCACUUCAACUGGGUGGUUGCAACCUGCGAGGCCUCGAAAGGCGUCGGCCAAUUUUGCUGGAACAUGCCGAGUUGCCUCACCAGCGGCUCGCCCAAGAUCAACUACGUGGCAGCAUAUCAGUUCGACGGCACGAACUUUGUUUUGAUGGACGACUCGACGGCUGGGGAAAUCAGCCCUGAAGGCGUCCGCGGGAACUUCUGGCGGGGUGUUGGCUUCUCAGCCCUGAACAGCUCCUUCCAAUGGUCCGGCGGAGACUGGACCACGAAGUACGCCCCCUGGGCUCGGGGCAGCGGCCCAGACGGCCCCCGCGGAGUAACGCCGCCGGCGGGCCUGUGGAUCCUGAGCGCAGAGAACUUCUACUACGGGGCCUUUUACAUGCUCUCCCAGCUGGGGCUCAACUUGGAAGGGAAAGGCCAGCCCACGGGCACCAACUGCUGGAUGUGGGAGCUCGACCCGGUGGAGGGCACAGCCGGCUGGAGCCCGGGCCAGCCCCUGCCCGGGAACGUGAACAUGGACUACUCCACCGAGAAUGCGCAAGCCAGCGGGUGCAUGCCUAUCUCCUACACCUCGAGGCAGGCCAAUGGCCUCGGCUCCGAGUUCAAGUUCCCGGAGGAUUUCCGGGCCACCUGCGCCGCAAACCCCACCCAGCCGGGGUGUCAGCCCUCGAAGGAGAACAUCCAUUGGGGCGGCGGGCGGCAGGGCACCCAGAGGUUUGAGAACCUCUGGGACGAGCCCUACGUUUUCGCCGUGGUGGUGGACGCCAAGGGCUACUGGAUCUACCGCUGGCGUCCAGAGGCCUAUGGCGGGCACAGCACCGGGUGGCCCGGGGUUAACCGCCACUACGCCCUGCGCACGCUGGGGCCACGACCUGCGCCGGUCACGGACGUCAGGGGACUCAAGACGGACGUGAAAGGGGAUGUGCCGGAGGCGGUGAUCUUGCAGCCCAGCCUGUCGGCCGAAGCGGCGUGUCUCCGGAGCUCGGUGGAGCAGGUCACGUGGCAGUGGGGCUCCGACGCCUUGGCCGCCAUGGCCGAGGAGCUGGGCGAGACCGGGCCCGGCGCCAGGUUCGAGGGCACCCAGAACUGGUGGUCCAGCUUCACGGACACCCAGCAGAACGCCAACUACCCCGCCUCCAUCAUGGGCCUCGAGGCGAAGAACAUGACGGAGACCUACCACUGCAAUGUGCCGGGCUCCUUUAGCUGCGACUGCGCCGUGGAGCAGCGGGACCAGGUGCUAAAGGCCAGCAAAGAGGAGGAGGUGCUGGUGUAGGAGGAUGCGCUGGAUUUCCGCUAUAAGCCUGAGCCUGGCCAGCGGACUUGCCGGCCGAGUUGCGGUGGCAAAGACAUCCGUUCAUUUGAAGGCCUCGCUAGUGGCCUCACCUGCUGGCAAACCGUGUUUGUUUCUUCUUUUUGGCA